AUGGACGGACAACCCAAAGCAACCCGUCUAAGUGGGAUCCCACGGCCCGCAAGUGGCAUUCCACGGCCAGCUUCGCGGCUACCCUUACCCACCAGCACGGCCCCGAAAUCGAUCAAGCCGUCACCGUCCCGAGAUAGACUGCGGGCCGAUCCGGGAUUAGAUGAACGCAGGUUGCGACGACCAUCGUACGACACGUUGGUGAAGAAGCCCUCCUCGCGCUUCUUAGCACCCCCGAAGCAUGAAGAAGAGCCUGUCCCCGCCCCAACCCAGGAGGAGACUGUCGGCGAUGAAGGCGAUACCCAUAUUUCAGAAGAACUGAGCUCGGCGGCCGGCGACGAUGAUACUGCGUCGGUCGCGUCAGCACAAGAAGCCCGAGGGCGCCGUGAUAUACGUCCGUCGCUGUCGGAGCGGACUCUGGAGACUCUGGCACAAAUCCCACCAUCGCCGGCGUCGGUGAAAAGGAGCUCCAGCUUUUUCAACGGCUCCAGCCCAAUCCGAUCGCCUUCUCGCGCCCCGUCCAAUGUAUCGAGUGUUUCGAGGUCCCCAUCCAGGGCUUCGUCCAGCGCCACGAAUAAUAAUGAGAUGUACACUCAGCCGGUGUCCAAGCUGCGUCUCCCGUCUGCGACAUCUCGCAUUCCCGCCACAUCAUCUCUUUCUCCAGUCCGGACAUCCGAGGACAGCACGAGCCCAUCAAGAUUAAAGCAGCCGAAACCCCGACAGAGCUUGUCAAUGACAGACGGGCCUCGCUCGGAUACCAGCUCCCCUCCGAAAAAGACUUUGCCUGACAGAUCUCUUGGAGGCAAGGAUAUCGGGAAGCCUUCCCUGGCUCGUCCAUCAUCGAGUAAGAUAGCUGCUAAGCCCCUGACCAAGUCGAUAAAGACAAACAUGGGUCCACCGGAGAGACCUCUUCAGAUCAAGAAAACACGCAAACCUGGGGGAGAGUCGGCGGCGUCAAAGAUUGCACCUGCUUCCAAAACCCAAGACGAACUCACCCCGGAGCAGCAGGCAGAAAGUGAUGCUAGAAAGGUUUCCAAAUCAUCGAGCUCCUUGCGCGAGACUAUAGCCAAGGCGAAGGCUGCACGCAAGGCAGUCGCGGCAGGAGAGAAGAAGGAAACCCCCCAGACGCCAGUAUCCGAGGUACCGGUUGUUGAUUCUUGGGGAGUCGUGGAAGAGGAAGAUCCGUUUAACCAACUGCCAAAAGAACCCGGCUCCUUGGUGAUGCGGAAACGCGUUCAAACAGCCCGCGCCACUGGACAGUUGAAUAUUGCGGCAUUCUCCUUGAAGGAAAUCCCAAAGGAAGUGCUGACGAUGUACGACUAUGAUGCGGAUAACGAGAACUGGUUCGAAAAUGUGGACCUUGUCAGGUUCAUUGCUGCAGACAAUGAAUUAGAGCAUAUUGCAGAUGAGGUCUUCCCAGAUAUCAAUCCUGAGGAGUUUGACCCAGACAGCGAUGAUCGGGGUUUGCAGUUCGGAGGCCUUGAGACUUUGGACCUCCACGGUAACAUGCUAAAGUCACUACCAAUGGGCCUCCGACGGAUGCAAAACUUGCGCACUCUCAAUCUAUCAAAUAACUCUUUGGAUAUGGAGCAUAUUGAGAUCAUAUCGGAGAUUACAUCUUUGACGGAUCUGAAACUCGCGAACAAUCAACUUGAAGGCGUUUUGGCCCCUUUCAUGGGCCGACUGGACAAGUUAGAAUCUUUGGACUUGCGUGGCAACAAGCUCAUCACACUACCAGAGGAAAUUACUGGAAUGAAAUCUCUGAGAACAUUAGACGUCAGCGAAAACAAGCUGACGUCUCUGCCCUUCGAGGUAUUCAGCAAGCUACCCCUGAAGACACUGAACGCGCAGAAGAACAAGCUAGAGGGCACUUUGAUCCCCGAAUCAGUUGGUCGUUGGGAUACAUUGCAGCUCUUGAACGUUGCAAACAAUGCAGUGGUCGUGUUUUCAUCCAAUGACACGCUUGACCUGCCCAAUUUACAUACUCUCCUCAUCGGCGUCAACCGAAUCACGCACCUGCCAUGCGUGUCUUCAUGGCAGUCACUAUUGACUCUGUCAGCCGAAGAAAACAAAAUUUCAGAGCUCCCGACCGGAUUCGUGGAGCUCAAGAGCAUUAAAAAGGCCGACUUCACAGGAAAUGAUCUCACUCGUUUGGAAGACAAAAUGGGACUCAUGGAGAGUCUCACCUCUUUGAGGGUUGCCAACAACCCAUUGCGUGAACGCCGGCUCUUGACAAUGGAUACAGAAGACAUUAAACGAGAUCUUCGUAGCCGGUGUGAGCCUGAUCCGCAGGACACGGACGACGAAGGUUCAGUGGCCACUCAGUUCACUCUGGCACCUGAAAACCCGGCGCUUGAUGGGAACUGGCAGAUCAAAUCCGGCGGCAUUCUUGACAAAUCAUUCGCCGACAUGACCGAUCUCACCGUUGAGCAAAUGGAAGCAGUGGCCUCGCAAGACAUCAGGUCUCUGUUUCUGCAGCAGAACGAGCUGAGCUGCUUCCCGGCGCCAGCACUUGCUAUCCUCGCGCAUAGCCUAGUGGAGCUUGAUCUCUCCCACAAUCCCAUGAACGGAUCCGACUUCUUGUCUUCGGCGCUUGAGCUUCCCAAACUUCAGUCGUUGACUCUCAAUGCGACUUGCAUGGUCUCCUGGGAGCCUCUUCUGGCGAACUUGAUAGCCCCGUCUUUGACCUUGUUGGAUGUCUCGCAUAAUCGUUUGAAAGGCCCUCUCCCCAAUCUGCGAUCGACCUUCCCGGAACUGAAGACCAUUGUGGCCUCCGAUAAUCAGAUUGCUAGCCUGGACUUCGAAUCGGUGCAAGGACUGCAGGUUGUCGAACUCAGCAAUAAUGAUAUCGACUCACUGCCCGCCAAGAUCGGUUUACUGGCUGCUGACCGCGAUGCUCGGAACUGGGGCAAUGGAUCGGCCCUGCGGCGGUUCGAGGUCGCUGGGAACCGAUUCAGGGUUCCUAGGUGGCAGGUUGUCGCAAAGGGGACUGAUGCGAUUCUGGAGUUCUUGCGAGUGCGUAUCCCGACCGGUGAUCUCCCGGAAUGGGAGAAGGAAGACCAAGUCAGCGAGGAGGAGUUCUAG